AGAUUUCAGUUUUAGCAGUCGAAGCCAAAACUUCAUGAAUACGGUGCGGUUUGUUGAUUUCGUCUCCGUCCAUCCACUCUAACAUCAUUUUCCCUUUUUUCCCCCCGGACUUAUCCCCCUCACAGCCCCACCACUCUCUUGUUCGACAUAGAAGCCUGUACAACUGAGCAAAUAUCAACAACCACGAAACAGUUAGUUAGGGAAGCUCCAGGCAGAUUCCGUUUCACACGUGAUAGUUAAAAUAUUAGAUCAGUAAAUACUAUAUUUUAUUUCCACUUUUUUUCUCGGAUCUUUAAUCAUGUUCACUCAUUCACGGAGUAAUAAACGCAUCAAACAUGCACAAUCUAGCAAUUUUUUGGGCGGAAAAUCCGUUCCAACCUCCUCCUUUCUCCAACCACUUGCGUAACAUAAUCUGAACCGUAUAAACUAGUCGCGUGACUAUAAACACGAUACGAUGAUCAUAUUCCACGUGUUGAAUGUGCUAGUGUGACGAGUCCCAAAGAGUUGUAAAUGCUACGUAUAACCUUCCUUUUAUUGUUGUUGUUAUUUACACACAUUUUCGCACAUGUUCGUUUAUUCGGAUCAUCCACCUAGCGUACUAUCCACAGUGAGGCCUCCAUAGGAGUUGUGCAAAAAACCGAUAAAAAUGAUGUCGAGGGCAGUUAAGGACCAUGCAACUUUCACUUAAAUACAGUGCGGUUAAAGUUUUCUUUCGACAGAGGAUGAGAGCGAAAUUUCCGCGAGCUUAUUAUUUUUUCGGAACAAGUUUCUUUCUAGCUCUCCUGAUUUUUCUCUGUUUCCACCGGAACUCCACUACUUCCACAUCAAAAAGCCUCGACACUCUCCGGUACAAUUUUCGACGAUUUUAUGGAAAUAUUAGCAGCCUAGCCCAUUGGCCGAACCAAGCGCAAUUAGAAGGAACCGUCACCGUUGAAAAAGCUGCUGACGUCAUCAGCAGUAACUGGAGCACUUUUAAUUCUACAGAGGCGACCCCAGCAAAAUCAGUCAAUUCAUCUCAGGCACAAAAACCUUUACCACCACCGACGACCCCACAGCCUGGCAAUCGAUCCUCGAACAUACAACUGACGAAUCAAUUAUACGAGCCCGGCUACGACACACCGAACAUCGGGCUCUGUCCUGACUUAGGCGUUUCUUUAAAAGUCUUAAUUUUAAUCAUCUCCGCGCCGAACAACACAGACAAGCGAAUGGCGAUCAGGCUAACUUGGGGCAGCUUCACGCAUCGGAAAGACCUCCGAAUGAGUUUCGUCUUGGGCCGAACUAAUUCGCUAAACCUGACCUCCGCACUCGAGAAGGAGUCAAAACUCUACGGCGACAUUAUCAAAGCCAGGUUUCUCGACACCUACCGACACCUCUCUCUCAAAACUACCUCGAUCAUGGAAUGGGUAGACCACUAUUGCCCGCGGGUGAAAUACGUCUUGAAGACCGACGAUGACAUGUUCAUCAACGUACCGGUGUUGCUGCGAUUGGUCGAAUCGUCGCCGAAUCACAGGCGAGAGAUCAUCGGGAAGUUGGCGGUUGGUGCCUGGGCUUUUCGCAACAAGAAAAGCAAGUACUAUAUCUCGCCGGAGCAGUACGCCCCUUCGAUCUUACCGAAGUUCAUCAGGGGGCCAGCGUAUUUGUUCACGAGUGAUGUUGUUCGUGAUUUGUACAAACAGGCAUUAAGAACGAAGUAUUUGCCGUUGGAGGAUGUUUUCAUGACAGGAAUCGUUGCUCCACGGGUCAAUGUAACGCGCGUUAACAUUCCGGAGUUUUAUAAUUCGAAUUUAACGUUAAUAGAUUCGUGUAGGCUGAAAUAUCACGUCGGUAUCAUGACGAAUAGAACGCAGGCUCUCUUUGAUCUGUAUAAAAAACUCCUCGAUAGUCCUUGGGUAUGUGGAUGAUACGGUAUACCCUGAAAAACACUUUCUUGAGAUAUUAUUUUGACUGAAAACGUCGUUUCUUGUCGACAAUUUUUUUGUUGUUUUUUUUUUUGAUCCGUGCGAAUUUGAUUUACGGAAACCCCCAAAAAAUCAACUUAAAAACGCCUCAAAAUUCGGACCUUUGAAGCGGUCACUUUUACGCGGGAACGGAUCCGGUAUACUCGCUACGUCACAUUUCAUGACAAACCUGGUCUUGUCAUCACUUACAAUGUAUUUUCCCUUGAGGAAUUGGCAGCCGCUUUUCAAAUGCAAAUAUCGAGUCAAUCGAUGUCAAUAUGUAUACUGGUACGGCUUUUAACAUAAUCCUAAGUUACUAAAAAAUUGAUUUACAAAAAAAAAACUUACCUUAUUCAAAUAGUGACAAAAAAAUAAAAACUCAUGAAAAUGGCUGUUGCAAAUUAAAUAUUGAGCUAACCUUAUCUUCUGUUAUCACUAUAAUGACCCGCUGACUAGUGCUUUCCUUAAAAAUAGGGUUUAUCCCGUCGGUUCUUAUUUAUCCAAUGAAGGCCGAGUUUCAACCAUUUAAACGUCCAAGGAAUCCAUUUCUGAGUUCCACUUUGAUCAAAAAUCAUAGAUUGACUCGAUAUUUGCAUUUGAAAAGCGGCUGCCAAUUCCUUAUGGGAAAAUAUAUUGUAAGUGAUGAAAAGACCAGGUUUAUCAUGAAAUGUGACGUAGCGAGUGUACCGGAUCCGUUCCGGCGCACAGUGGAUCGAGGCAAUAGGAGAGGUCGGACAAAAUUUGGAAACUUUAAGAGCUUAUAACUCCGUUUACACAAAAUUUUGAGGUUCUAAAAGUGCUUCCAUUGAUUUCCUCGUGAAAUUUUCUGCUACAAGCACCCCUUGGAAUUCAAAAUGUGGCGAAAUAAAUUUCAAAAUUUGCAGUUUUAGUCAGAAAUUUCAUGUCCAACCUCUCUAAUUGACUCGAUCCACUGUGCGGCGUAAAAGUGACCGUUUUGAAUGGGUCGGUUCCAAAAACAGCUUUUUUUGAGUUUGAGAGGUCAUUUAAAGCUUUUUUAGCUACGCCAUGGCUCUUUUCGUGAAAUUUGCCAUUGGAAUCAGUUAUCAAUUCGCAAAUCCCCGCACCUUGUAACAGGCCCAUUAUCUCACGCAUGAGGAAGAGCACGCGGGUUCCCUCAGAUCUCGAGGGGAAUGAAUUUUCAUAAUUUAAGCCUUGCACGACUGGAUAAGUUAUGCUAAUGAGCUACGGUUUUGAAUAAUGAGAGGA